AUGGGAAACAGCGGUACAUCGAAGAUUGUGGGUAUUGGAAAUAUUUGCUUGAGGACCAGUAUUGGGAGCAAAUUGAUACUCAAAGAUAUCAGAUAUGUUUCAGAUAUUCGUCUUAACUUGAUAUUUAUAGGCAGACAUGAUGAUGAGAGAUUUGCACAUUAUUUUGGUGAAAGCAAAUGGAAGCUCACUAAAGGUUCUCUAAUUGUGAGUCGUCAAAAGAGUUAUGCUGACAAUAGAAAACGAGAUAUUGAGUUUGAAGUUGGAGAUUGUGUGUUCUUAAAGGUUUCUCCUUCCAAAGGCAUUAUAAGGUUUGGGAAGAAAGGAAAGUUAAGCCCAAGAUUUAUUGGACCUUUUGAGGUCCUUGAGAGGGUUGGUUCUGUCGCUUACAAGAUUGCCUUGCCACCAUCGUUGUGCCAUAUCCAUAAUAUAUUCCAUGUUUCGAUGAUUAGAAAGUAUAUAUUUGAUCCUUCUCAUAUCAUUAAGUAUGAGCUGAUGGAGAUCGAUAAAGAUUUAUCUUAUGUGGAAGAGCCCACUCAGAUUGUUGAUAAGAAAGAAAAGAUCCUAAGGAAUCGGGUCAUCCCUCUAGUUCAAGUAAUUUGGAGACAUCAUUCUGGAGAGGAAACAACCUGGGAGCUAGAGGAGGAAAUGAAAAAGGUUUAUCCCCAU